CACCACCCCAAACAAGCUAAGCUAGAGCCCUAGCGAGGCAACAAGCCCUACCCUUUCCACCAUGGCUUUCAGAGUACUUGUGCUGCUGCUUCUCUCGAGCCUGCUGGCUCACAGCAUUGGCUUCGGGGUGGCAAAGUCCGUCCCUGUUGUCCCUGCCAUCCCUGAUCACAAUCCUUGCUUAGAUCUAAAAGAGUACAAUUACCAGCCAUCCCAGGAGCUGCCCCAUGGUCGUUGGAGUUUCCCCGACGGCUUCGUGUUUGGCUCUGCCACAGCUGCUUACCAGGUCGAGGGUGCUGCAAAUCAGUAUUGCAGAGGCCCAAGUAUCUGGGACAGAUUCGCCCAUGAGUUUCCAGAGAGGAUAGCGGAUGGGAGCAAUGGAGAUGUGGCACUGGACCAUUAUCACCGCUUGGAGGAGGAUAUCGUAAGGAUGAAAUAUAUGAAUUUGGAUGCCUACCGUUUCUCCAUCUCCUGGACUAGAAUCAUACCAUAUGGCCCGAUCAAGACCGGAGUCAAUGAGCAAGGAGUCAAGUUUUACCACGACCUGCUCGAUUUGCUCGAGAAACAUGGACUGGAGCCUUUUGUGACCAUAUGGCAUUGGGAUACCCCUCAAGCCCUGGAAGCUGAGUACGGUGGAUUCUUAAGCCGUAACAUUUUGAAGGAUUACGAAGAUUACUGUGACUUCUUGUUCAAGGAAUACGGCCACAGAAUAAAGAAGUGGAUCACUUUAAACGAGCCGAUGGUCCAUAUUCAGCGAGGCUACGACGAAGGGCUGUUCGCACCGGGACGCUGUUCCGUAUGGGUAAACAGAGCCUGUGUAGCCGGAGACUCGGCAACCGAACCUUACAUCGUUGCCCACAAUCUCCUCCUCGCUCAUGCCGCUGCUUACCGUUUGUACGAGACAAAGUACAAGGCCGAGCAACAAGGGGUAGUAGGGAUCACAUUAGUCACCUUCAUGUAUCUUCCUUACGACUCUAAUAGUACGGCAGACAUUGAUGCUGUCCAGAGAUCUCUGGACUUCAAUUAUGGCUGGUUCUUGGAUCCUAUUACCUUUGGUCGCUACCCAAGAAACAUGGUGGACCUAUUGGGAUCUCGCCUGCCAACCUUCACACAACAAGAGUCGGACAUGCUCAAGAACACGUAUGAUUUCAUAGGCCUCAACUACUACACCACCUAUUAUUCCAAGAACAACACCAAUUUCGACCCGGUGCAUCUUCGAUUUGGUUCCGACUCCCACGCCAUUACUACUCCUGAAAAAGACGGAGUCUAUAUUGGUCCGCCGGUGGGUUCCUUCUGGCAGUUUCUGUAUCCUGACGGGCUCCGACUGCUUUUGGAGUACACCAAAGAAACCUAUGGGGAUCACGAUAUCUACAUCACUGAGAACGGAAUGGGGACGCAGGAGGACCCUACACUUACACUUGCAGAGGUCAGAAACGACACCAUGCGGGUCAACUUCUACAACGCUCAUCUGACUAGCGUUCGUCAGGCGAUGAGGGAGAAGGAUGUGAAGGUGAAAGGGUUCUUCGCCUGGUCGUACGCCGACAACUACGAAUGGAACGACGGAUACACGGUCCGGUUCGGGCUCAACUACGUCAACUACACGGAUCUCUCCAGGUGGCCUAAGUACUCUGCUUGCUGGUACACCGGUUUCGCCUCCCGAGCCCAGCCCAAGGUCCUUAGCGAUAACAAUCUGCAGCAGCUGAUCACCGCCGGCUAUUCUCCAGCCGUCGGUCGCAAGACACUCUUCCGCCGCCCAGCAGCUUACGCUUAUUAAUCAAUGAUUGAUUAGUGCCCUGCCGCAUGCAUGCUUUGCUUAAGAUCGAUGGUACUGUUAAUUAAGUGUAAUAUCCGUCUCGACGACGACGGAAUAAUUUAAGUGUGAAGAA